AUGGACGUGGACGUGGAUGUGGACGUGGACGUGGUGGUGGACGUGGACGUGGACGUGGACGUGGACGUGGAUGUGGACGUGGACGUGGACGUGGUCGUGGACGUGGACGUGGAGGAAUUGGACGUGGACAUGGACGUGGACGUGGACGUGGACGUGGACGUGGACAUGGACGUGGUCGUGGACGUGGACAUGGACGUGGACGUGGACGUGGACGUGGUCGUGGACGUGGACGUUGACGUGGACGUGGACGUGGUUGUGGACGUGGAGGACUUGGACGUGGACAUGGACGUGGACGUUGACGUGGACGUGGACGUGGACAUGGUUGUGGACGUGGACGUGGACGUGGACAUGGACGUUGACGUGGACGUGGACAUGGACGACGUGGACGUGGACGUGGACAUGGACGUGGACGUGGACGUGGACGGGACAUGGCCGUGGACGUGGACGUGGACAUGGACGUGGACGUGGACGUGGACAUGGACGUGGACGUGGACGUGGAACGUGGACGUGGACAUGGACAUGGACAUGGACGUGGACGUGGACGUGGACGUGAACAUGGACGUGGACGUGGACGUGGACGUGGACAUGGACGUGGACGUGAACGUGGACGUGGACAUGGACGUGGACAUGGACGUGGACGUGGACGUGGACGUGGACAUGGACGUGGACAUGGACAUGGACGUGGACGUGGACGUGGACAUGGACGUGGACGUGGACAUGGACGUGGACGUGGACGUGGACGUAGACGUGGACGUGGACAUGGACAUGGACGUGGUCGUGGACGUGGACGUGGACGUGGACGUGGACAUGGACGUGGACAUGGACGUGGUCGUGGAUGUAGAUGUGGACGUGGACGUGGUCAUGGACGUGGACGUGGACGGGGACGUGGUGGUGGACGUGGACGUGGACGUGGACGUGGACGUGGAUGUGGACGUGGACGUGGACGUGGUCGUGGACGUGGACGUGGAGGAAUUGGACUGGACAUGGACUGGACGUGGACGUGGACGUGGACGUGGACAUGGACGUGGUCGUUGGACAGUGGACGUGGACAUGGACGUGACGUGGGACGUGGACGUGGUCGUGGACGUGGACGUUGACGUGGACGUGGACGUGGUUGUGGACGAGGAGGACUUGGACGUGGACAUGGACGUGGACGUUGACGUGGACGUGGACGUGGACGUGGACAUGGUUGUGGACGUGGACGUGGACGUGGACAUGGCCGUGGACGUGGACGUGGACAUGGACGUGGACGUGGACGUGGACAUGGACGUGGACGUGGACGUGGACGUGGACGUGGACAUGGACAUGGACAUGGACGUGGACGUGGACGUGGACGUGAACAUGGACGUGGACGUGGACGUGGACGUGGACAUGGACGUGGACGUGGACGUGGACGUGGACAUGGACGUGGACAUGGACGUGGACGUGGACGUGGACGUGGACAUGGACGUGGACAUGGACAUGGACGUGGACGUGGACGUGGACAUGGACGUGGACGUGGACAUGGACGUGGACGUGGACGUGGACGUAGACGUGGACGUGGACAUGGACGUGGACGUGGUCGUGGACGUGGACGUGGACGUGGUCGUGGACGUGGACGUGGACGUGGUCGUGGACGUGGACGUGGACGUGGUCGUGGACGUGGACUUGGACGUGGUCGUGGACGUGGUCGUGGACAUGGUCGUGGACCUGGACGUGGACGUGGACGUGGACAUGGUCGUGGACGUGGACGUGGACGUGGACGUGGACGUGGACAUGGACAUGGACGUGGACGUGGACGUGGACGUGGACGUGGACGUGGACGGACGUGGACAGGGACACGUGGACGUGGACGUGGACGUGGACGUGGACGUGGACAUGGACGUGGUCGUGGACGUGGUCGUGGACAUGGACGUGGACGUGGACGUGGACGUGGACGUAGACGUGGACGUGGACAUGGACGUGGACGUGGACAUGGACAUGGACAUGGACGUGGACGUGGACAUGGACGUGGACAUGGACGUGGACGUGGACGUGGACGUGGAGGACUUGGACGUGGACAUGGACGUGGACGUGGACGUGGACGUGGACAUGGACGUGGAUGUGGACAUGGACGUGGACGUUGACUUGGAUGUGGUCGUGGACGUGGACGUAGACGUGGACUUGGACGUGGACGUGGACUUGGACGUGGACGUGGACGUGGUCGUGGUCGUAGAUGUGGACGUUGACGUGGUGGACGUGGACGUGGACGUUGAGGUGGACGUGGACGUGGACGUGGACAUUGACGUGGUGGACGUGGACGUGGACGUGGACUUGGACGUGGACUUGGACGUGGACGUGGACGUGGACAUGGACGUAGACGUGGAUGUUGACGUGGUGGACGUGGACGUGGAUGUGGUUGUGGACGUGGACGUGGUCGUGGACGUGGACAUGGACGUGGUGGACGUGGACGUGGUCAUGGACGUGGACGUGGACGUGGACGUGGUGGUGGACGUGGACGUGGACGUGGACGUGGACGUGGAUGUGGACGUGGACGUGGACGUGGUCGUGGACGUGGACGUGGAGGAAUUGGACGUGGACAUGGACGUGGACGUGGACGUGGACGUGGACUUGGACAUGGACGUGGUCGUGGACGUGGACGUGGACAUGGACGUGGACGUGGACGUGGACGUGGUCGUGGACGUGGACGUUGACGUGGACGUGGACGUGGUUGUGGACGUGGAGGACUUGGACGUGGACAUGGACGUGGACGUUGACGUGGACGUGGACGUGGACGUGGACAUGGUUGUGGACGUGGACGUGGACGUGGACAUGGACGUGGACGUGGACGUGGACAUGGACGUGGACGUGGACGUGGACAUGGACGUGGACGUGGACGUGGACGUGGACGUGGACAUGGACAUGGACAUGGACGUGGACGUGGACGUGGACGUGAACAUGGACGUGGACGUGGACGUGGACGUGGACAUGGACGUGGACGUGGACGUGGACGUGGACAUGGACGUGGACAUGGACGUGGACGUGGACGUGGACGUGGACAUGGACGUGGACAUGGACAUGGACGUGGACGUGGACGUGGACAUGGACGUGGACGUGGACAUGGACGUGGACGUGGACGUGGACGUAGACGUGGACGUGGACAUGGACGUGGACGUGGUCGUGGACGUGGACGUGGACGUGGUCGUGGACGUGGACGUGGACGUGGUCGUGGACGUGGACGUGGACGUGGUCGUGGACGUGGACUUGGACGUGGUCGUGGACGUGGUCGUGGACAUGGUCGUGGACCUGGACGUGGACGUGGACGUGGACAUGGUCGUGGACGUGGACGUGGACGUGGACGUGGACGUGGACAUGGACGUGGACGUGGACGUGGACGUGGACGUGGACGUGGACAUGGACUGGACGUGGACGUGGACGUGGACGUGGACGUGGACAGGGACGUGGACAGGGACGUGGACGUGGACGUGGACGUGGACGUAG